AUGACUCAAAGUAAGUCGGCUGACCUAUCCCCGCUCUAUUCCGUUCCCCACAAUCCGCAGUAUCCUCCCUCAGCACCCAGCCCACCCUCUCUCCCUCAUAUUCAUUUUCCUAUUCUCCUCACAUUCAUUCCACACUGCCCCAAACACCUCCCUCCACCCCAACCCCAACUCCAGGUCCACUUACUCCUUCUCAGUUGGUGUUGCCUUUUAGCUGUUGGGGUUGAUCACGAUUUCUAA